UAAGCUAUGUCUCGUCAAUCGUCAUGUCACUAAUUUAGUUUCUUAUCACUUGUGAGGUUAAUUACAUUGUUAUUAAUGAGACCUUUUAUAAAUACUUUAGCAGUUAAUAGUUUUAGAUUUGUACUGAAAGCGAGAGGACACAAAAUGUCAUCUGGGAUUUCUGCAAUAGAAGAAAUAAGACCUUUAUCCUCAGAAACUGGUCUUGUUAUUUUUCUCCAUGGUUCAGGUGAUACUGGAAAUGGAGUGAAAGCAUGGGUGGAAAUGUUAAUGGGAGAACGUAUGGCAUUUCCACACUUGAAAAUAAUGUUUCCAACAGCUCCAGUGAGACCAUACACUCCAUUAAAUGGUGAACUCAGCCAUGUCUGGUUCAACCGUUUCGGCAUAAGACCUGAUGUGCCAGAGGACUUACAGACUAUUGAACCGAUGGCAAAAGAAAUCAACAAAUUAAUUGAACAACAAGUAGCCAAUGGCAUACCAUUAAAUAGAAUUAUAUUAGGUGGAUUCUCCAUGGGAGGAGCCAUGGCCUUACAUGUAGGUUACCGUUACAUGCCUGGAUUGGCUGGUGUAUUUACACUUUCGUCUUUCUUGAAUGAGAAAUCUGUAUUGUACGAUGUAAGUACAAUUUAUUUAUGGAAGAAAAUAUUUGCUUUUUAUAAUUGUAAAUAUGUUCUUUUAGCCUCAUAUGUUCAAAUUAUGCUCAACAUGUAA